AUGGCACUAGAAGAUUGCACAGAGAAAAAAUACACCAGAACGCUGCUCGAGUUUCUUUAUGGUUUCAAAACUGGCGGCAUUCAGGAAACAUCAUUCAGCAAUUCAAAUUCAGGAGGCCGAAUAUCCAAUCUUUCACGCAUUCUAGAUAUCCCCGAGGCGCUAUUCUUGAUGAUUGGCGGAGGGACUUUGAUUAGCUCCUCCAUGUUAUCAUGGGAACAGAUGAUGGCCGGUACUGUCAGUGUCGACAUCAGUAGCGAGAUCCAAGGUAUUUGGCCAGUCGUUUACAGAGUUCGCAUAGCAAGUCCCGACAUUUACAUCAUCGUCGAGGAAGGUUGUUCUUACUGGGGAAAGGAAUUCAGGCAACUUGUCUUCAAGUCGUCAGGCAACUAUGGCCUGGACAUUGACGAUUUCCAUCUCGUCGACGAACAUGAGCACAGCGUUGAUUCUACCACUUGGUUAGGAUACUUGACAUCAGGAGAGGUUGAAAGACACUCUUUCAAACUGGUAAGAAUUUCUGCCGAAACCUCAAGCAAGGUCCCUCGAGACCCCGGUUCGAAAACUUUCAACGAUAUUGAGAAUCAAGACAUCGAAGAGACUUUUGACGAAGAGAGCUCCGAUGGAGCAACUUUUGAAAGAACUAUGGAAGCCGCGAAACAGAUGUUUUGCCGAAGUAUAGGUGAAGGGACCCUUGUUCGCAACAUGCCGCUAGUGCUCCCAACACUGCCCUCGAUGCCUUUCAACAAUCUGGUCAAGAAUCACAUUCCAUUCUUUGCUUGGCCUCUGACCCAGAAGACUGGCAAUAGUUCCCACGCAGAUGGUACGAUGGCUCUCACUAGAUUACUAGCUAUGAUCGAUCAAUCUCUUAAAGAGUUUGGUAUUACUAAAGACUGGCAUACGUUUAGCACGAGAGAUGAAGUGGUCUACAAGUGCCGGGUCCUGCGAUCAGUCAUAGAAGAGGGUCGAUACAUACGAACACAGGAAGCGAAAGACCCUCUUCCGUACUCACAACCUCCCAACCCAAAUUGCAUGCACAGAAACCCAAUAUCUGAGAUUCUUGCCACCAUUCUGAAACUGUCAGAGGAGAUUUUUGAUCUCUUUCUUCCGCCAGCUGAUUGGUUCCUUUUCCCGGCUAUAGGUGCUUAUUGGGGCACCCUGGAAUCGAUCAUGCGUGUAAGCCUCUGA